AUCCAAGAUUCUUAACCACCACGCAACAUCUCCUUGGCCUGUCUAUACCGACAUUUGCAUUCCCUGUAUAAACGCGGAGUUAUCCCGAUGGCAGGCAAUAGCAAAGCACAAGAAGCACUGCAAGACGCAGAAGCGUCUGCAGCUCCACCUCCACCUUACAAGGAAAGAGCUAGUAUUGUGACAGAGACAGACGACUUCCAGAUUAUUGAUGAGCAAGACUGUUACCCUGAAGACGAGAAGCGACCGAUUGAAGGGUCAAAUACGACACCACAUCCUGAGGAGAAGAUACCGGUGGAUAUGCCGAUGAGAACACCUUCGAUGCUAAAGGAGAAAGGCCCUGUGUACCCACCAAGACCGAGCAAAGAAGUAGCCUCAGCGGAAGAUCAGCAGGUGGAAUUGCAACUCGAAGACAGUAAACCUCUGCCAUACCCACCACGACCCAGCAAAGGAGACGUCGCGAAGGAAGAGAUCGCGAAGGCCGAGCAGCAGCAAGUGGCUGCAACACCCGAGGACAGCAAACCUUUGCUAUCAGCAGAGGACGAAAAAGCAGCUUUGAAAGUCCACUUUGCCAGCGAAGAAGAAGAAACUCCUCCACCGAUGCCUCGGCGACCGUCAGCGUCUCGCUUCUCGGAAGACUUCAGUCGAAGUGAGAAGAGUGCAAACAUGCCACCACCUGUUCAACAUACAGUGCCUCAACAGUCGAACGAACUUCCUCUGGAGUACACGUUCACAUGGCACAGACCUAUCCUCGACUUUCCAUCAUUACACGUAACACCUACACCCAACGUACCUAUCCACUCAAAUUCUCCCUCCAUGCCAUCCACCACAAGUUGGAAGCUCAUCUACACUUCCAAAUAUCAGGCAGGUCUGCAUCGCUAUGGGUUGACCCAGACGACAUCUUCACCAGAAGAAGGCUCUGUCCCGCAGAUGACAGAAUACCCAUUCCGACAAGUUGCGUCGUACAAAUUUCCAGACUUCAUCAUUCCUGGCACCAACAGCGGCGUCAAAGUGCUCUUUGAGCCUCAUGAGGAAGAGCUUGCGAGAUUGGGCAACUUGGCUCACGGUCUGUCACCCGUCGCGGAGCAUGAAGAGAAAGAGUCCAAGAAAGAGAAAAAGAAGGACAAGAAGAACAAGCGCUCAAGUUCAUCCGGAUCCUCCCAAGUCCAGAAAUUCAUGCAAUGCACCGGAUGGCUGAGCACAAAAUACACCAUGGAGAUUCCAGUCCUGGGCCACAUGCAAGCGACAUUCAAGACCAUUCCCAAGCCUCGUACCAGCUCCACGGCCGUUGCUCCUGGCCCCAUCAACAAUUACGCUCCACCUCCCGCACCCCAGCACCCAUAUGGUAACACAAACACCGUCGAGAAUCCCCUUCAUAGAACACCUUCGCCAUAUCCAACAAAUAAUGCCGCCAGUUCUGACGCCAACAAUAUCCGGCUCGUCACCAUCGGCGACCUGAUCGACCAAGCUCGCGCCAAAAUUGCGGACGAGACAUUCACGCCUUACCCACAACACCAUCUCAUCGUCGAAUUCGAUGGCCGAGAAGUCGCAACCUACCAGCGCGCGGCGCCUUGGGCCAAAACAUCAGGGAAAUUGAUAAUCAACAAACCUGAAAUCGGCCAAGUCUACCUCACGCCUGAGUUCAUCGAGGGCAUAAUCAUCGCGACAGUGGCGAUGGCGGGGAUGCAAGAAAGAAUCGGAUUGGCAAGUGGAUUGAUGGAGGCGAUGGCGGCUGCAGGAGAAGGAGUGAGAGAUGGAGUGGUGGGCUCAUCAGGUUCGCCGAAUGGCGCAGGUGCCAAUGGAGGAAUGAUGGGUAGAGGUAGAGAAGAAUGGAGAAAACUAGUCGAGGAGUGGAAGAGGAGGAAUCAGAAUCGUGCUGGAGGAGGUAUGGAUUGGAGAGUGUGGAAUUAUUACGGGAAUGGAAAUGGACAGCAGCAACAGCAGCAGCAGGAGAGACCGAGAGGAGGCGUUUACUUGCCUCAACAUGAAGGACAUGUCGUCGGAAGUGAGAUUUUCGACGACGGCUUAGGCGGAGUUCUGACGCCAGCGGAGCGAGAUGCUGCAAGGAGAGAACAGAUGGCUUGGGAUGCUGAGCGAGCGAGGGCGAACAGACAAGUCCAUUUUGCUUCUCCGCCGGAGACUUCGCCACAAGCUACAACGCCAAACCCAGGGCAGCAGAAUGCAUGGAGCGAAGGAGCACAGAAAUGGGAAGAGAAGCCUAAGGUAGUUUAUGCUUAGCUGCGGAGCGAUGGACCGAAUGAUAGACAUGUUACAUUACAAUUACAUUUCACGUUCAAAUAUUCUUACAAGCUAGCUACUUCGUACAUUGUCCCCUUCCGUUCUGCUUCUGUCAUUGCGCUCAACGAAAGAAACCCUCCGGAGGAGAGUUACCCUUCUUCGGGUCCCAUGUCCAAGUUUUGCCUGCAUAUGCGGAAUUGGCAUCGGUCGUUUUUGCGAAACGAAUUGGAGCGCCCGGGUUGGAAGAUGCCUUUGCGGCGGCGUUCAUGCGCUUCCACGUGGCUUCCUUGUUGAGAGUGGAGC